AAAUUCAAUCAUGUUCAUUUAUUGAAUAGAUUUCGCGCCUUUUCCGUGUCCGUGUAUGUAGGUACUACUUUUUAAUUUUAGUUAUAUUUGAUAAUCAUUUACAUUAAAUACCUAGGUGCCUAAUGUAUCAGUAUUGACUACCUAUAUAUGACCAAACAGAACUGUAUGUGAAUGAGGAACAACAACUUCUGAUCUGAGUAAAUUUACAACCGAUUUUUCACUCAAUAAAUUAUAUAUAAUGGAAGAAUGUGAUGAAUUAUCGCAGUUAGAAGAAUUGCUAUGUGCAGAUUUAAAUGAAGAUUGUGAUGAAAAUUCCAAAACAGUGCAAGAAAUAGAUAUUUUUAGCAAAAUCGAUGGUGAAGAAAGUAAAUCUCAAGUAGAUAGUGCUCCUCCAAAAACAUCAGUUGUUCAUAAUGGGGAUACAGACUCCUCAGACGACGAAGAGAGGCGUAACUAUACGGAACGAAAGUACAACGAUUACGGAUCAGAAAUCAAGAAAGCAUUGGACAGUAGUGAACAUGAACAAAAGGAUAGAUUAGUGGACUUCGAGACUAGGUUACGUCAAGCCAACAUAGAUGCAAAGGUAGAGCGCAACAGAUCUUUUCUCAAAAAACCAGAUACUGCGCCCGAACAAAAGAAAAAUACUUUCUGUGUUCCUGAUACAAAGUCCAAACAAGCAACAGAUGUUUACACCGAUCCAGUAUUUGGUCUUAGAAUAACUAAACCUUUGAUAUCUAGUACUGCUCUUUUAGACCGCAUGCAAGGUCGAGAAGCAGUCAAUAUGCUAAGAGUUAAAAGGUAUGUUGAAAAUGAAGAUUUAAAAAAAGAUUGGGUGAUAGCUGGUGCCAUAGUGAAGAAAAGUGCAGCCAAGAAGUCCCAGAAAGGUAACCAAUUUUUAAUAUGGACAUUGAGUGAUUUGAGAGAUGAUAUGAAGACUGUAUCAAUGUUUUUGUUUAGAAAGGCUUAUAAUGAAUUAUGGAAAACAAUGGAAGGUACUGUUGUUGCUGUAUUGAAUCCUAAUGUUUUGGAUCGAUCUCAAAAUAGUCAAGAUCAGGCUUGUCUCAGUGUAGAAAAUCCUGAUCGGGUUAUGAUAUUAGGUCAGUCAAAGGACUUAGGUAUUUGUAAAAGUAAAAAGAAAAAUGGUGCACCAUGCACAGCUUUUGUUAAUUUAAGUAAAUGUGAACAUUGUAUUUACCAUGUGAAACAAGAAUAUCAAAAAUUUUCGAAAAGACAAGAGCUUCAGUCAUCUACAAUGGGUAAAGGGCUUGUCAAUUUGCAGAACAAAGUAUUUGGGAAGAGUACAGUUAUUUAUGGUGGAAAAGCAUAUUCAGCUUUACCAAGUGGAAAUCAAAAGAAAGUUAAAGAAAUGGACCAAAAUAGAUUAAUGUCACUUAGUGAUUACAAUAAAUCUGAAAGAGAUAAUUUGAUGAUAAAUAAAGCACCACCUGGGGCUGGACCCUUCAAGAAAUCUGAGAUCUUGCACAGUCCAACAACACAAAGAACAAGUGACUCUGAGAGACUGAACAGACUAACUGGUUUAAAUUCCAGCCCACAAAGUUCUAAGAAAUCAGCAAGCCCAAGUUUAGCUGACAAAGUUGCUAGUUCCCCUAAACUAGGCAAAGGAUUUAGUUUGAAAGGAAGUGGGGAUAUAGAUUUAAGCAUAUCUUAUGGACAGAAGAUAGCUGCUAAAGCCAAGGAGAAUGCAAUAAAGCUCGUUCAACAAAGUGGAGGGAUUAAAAAAAUUGAUCCCAAUAAUAUAAAAGGUACAGAGUCUGGCAAGAAAAGGGCAUUAGAAAACUUAAAUAACUCUGGUAGUGAAGAGAAUGAGAGUAAAAAAUUGAAGCCUAAUGAAAAUAUUAAAAGAACUAAAGGUGUUAUGUCUGAACGAUUCAAGAAGAUUCUAGAAGCAACCUCAGCUCACCAAAACUUGAUUGAACAACAUGAUGAUGAUGAGCAAGAUAAAUAUUUCAAUAAACUUGAAAAGAAGGAAGCUAUGGAAGAGAAAAUGUUAAAUACUUUCAAACUGGCCUGCAAAGCAGUAAGGUGUGUGAAAUGCAAGUACACUGCAUUUUCUGCAGCACAGUUGUGUAAAGAUGAGAGGCAUCCUCUAAAAGUGUUGGAUACAUUCAAGAGAUUCUUCAAAUGUGCUGAUUGUAACAACAGGACGGUUGCUUUGGAGGUUAUUCCACUUCACUCUUGUAGCAACUGCAGUAGCUCACGAUGGGUCAAAGCCCCAAUGCUCAGAGAAAAGAAAUUAGAGUCAUUAUCUGAAGGCCUUUCAAUCAGAGGUGAAGAAGAGACCUUUAUUGGAGGACAAAUCAAUAAAGGAAAGAAUAUAAAUUUGUUAGUCCCUGAUGGUUAAUUAAGUUUGAAGUAUUUUGAUUUGACUGAGAUUUUAUAACUAAUUUAUAACUUGAUUUUAAAAAGUGCAUGAAAGGUUUACAAUAAAAAUCAUUAUAAAAAUAAA